AUGGAAAGCCUUGCCGUCGAGCUCCUCAUGGCUAUCUUCGCAUUCGCGUGCACGGAUGGGGGCCGCACGGGAUGCUCGCUCGCUCUAGUGUGCAAGCACUUCCGCGAGGUCUCCAGGCCGCUGCGCUUCCACUCUGUCGCCCUCACUGGUGUGCCGGACCAGCUCAAACGGUUUUUCGUUCUGUUUGAACGAGAACGCGCUGCUCUGGGAGCGACUUCCGCACCCAAAGUGCGUCACGCGUUCAUAAGGACAGAACGCGUAGAGGGUAGCCCAUUGGAUCAAGCUUCGUCCACGUCCGUGUCUGGGGAGACCCGGGCCACCCCCAGCGAAGAGGACAUUGGACAUGGACAGUGCCGCGAAGACGAGGACGAGGACGAUGCCGCACCGCCACGUACGCGCUCCGAGUACACGGAGCUCGUCUCUGCUUUGCUGCGCGCAAUCGCACCGACGCUCGAGACACUCGUAUUCCUCCCAUUGAACAUCACACGCGAUGCGGAGCCAUUGGAUCCGGGAAUCAUUUUCCCUGUACUGCGUGAGAUCACGCUCGGCAGCCCGCUGUUGUAUCACAUGUCGAGCAACCCCAGAUCGCUCCUGCCACAGCGGGCAUAUCCUUCCCUCACGCGCCUGCAUCUGCGACGGAGUACUGAUGGACAGCGGAGUGAUGACUGGGUGUAUCACGCCCCGGGCCUCACGUAUAUCUCGGUCUCUAGCGUGGGCUAUAGAACGCACGUAACAAGCUUCAAACUUUUCUUCGACUGCUCUGGGACUCAACCUGCGGAGCAACCCUUCAAGAAGCUGCAAACACUGAUCAUUCACCUCGCCCCGCCGCCGUCGGUACGGUUUUGCCAUGGGACGCCGCGUCUGCGGUACGAGCGCGUCGUCGCCGCGCUCUGGGAGUCGCAAGCCGAGGCGACGGUGCCCGUCUAUAUCUUCCCCACGGGAAAGGACAAAAUGGAGGGGGACUGGUCAGGCGCGGGGAGCGCGUGGUAUGGGGACGUUGACCGAGAGGAGUGGGAGGACCGGAUGCAGGGCGGAGUCGGCUGUUGGGGCGUCGAGAACGAGUAUGCGCGCCGCGCAUACAAGGAGAAGGAGACUCCGGUGGUCCGGCGCGCCAGAGAGAGGAUGAACGGCUCGCAACUGCAGAGCGAUCCCGGGCCAUGGCGAUCUAGCCAGGGGGUUGCCCGGACGGUGCUAGAGCCCGGCACGGGUCUAUAG